UUCCUCCGGGGCGUUUCUCUGACGCGAGAAGCAUCUGUGUGCUUGUCAAAAAAGCUGCCUUUCUCUUCCUUUCCGCCUUGGCUGAGUCAGAGGUGUUUUUUUCGAACGUCCGCCUGGCGUCUGCAAAAAGCGAACCACUCCACUCGGUGUGUUCUUGCCUUCAACCGGCAAAUUCCUCCGUUGCCGGGGUUUCUGUUGUCUCUCGCCCUCCCUCAUCUCCCCUGUCGUCGCCUCUCACUUUGAGGUGUCCCCUCCGUUCCCCAGAUCGUGUCUAGUCUCUCCUUCGUUUUCUGUCCGGUCGACUGCAGUCGCAACAAUGCUGAACUUCAUCCCGAAAAGAUGCCCGUCCGUCAGUCUGCUCUUCGGCAAGCGCCCAGUGCAGAGAAUUGAGGUCGGCCAAGCUCGUCACCAGCUCGAGAUCCCUGUGGAGACGAUUGAGAAAAUUUACGAAGGCGUGGAUUCCAGGCUCGAGUAUCACAACAAAGACUACAAUGCGAUGAAGUGGAAAGACUUCAUGAAGCUCAAGCUUGAUGCGUAUCACUUGCUGGAGGCCUCUCAGAGCGAGACGGCGGCCAAGUCCGCGCUCUCUGAUUUGAAUUGGUUCUCCGACCUUGCCGACAUUUACUCUGGACAGCAGACAAUGGCUGAGAUGGAUGUAGCCUUGAAGGCACAGGGCGAACAGAAACUGUCGUACCCCAUCCAGGGGAAAAACAUCAAGUAAACGAAACGGAGGCUUUUUGGGUGCCCCCUCGGUCCACUCUCAAACCGCAGCGGCUCUGAAACCUCUGUCUUCAGGCUCAUACGUAAAUUUAUGUGUAUACUCUGCUGCUGCUAUAUGUAUGGACAUAUGUAUGUGCGUUCUUUGGUGGUUUUGUUGCAUAUAGACGACACUUUGAAGAAAUCGUUUUUCUCCAACUGUCUGCUCCAAAGUGUCAGGUUUUCUGAAGGUCCGCAGGCACAGAAAAAGGAUUUUUGCUCACCGAGUGUUUUCACUUCUAUAAAUGUGGAAAGGUGCCGCUUGCGUGGACAGGCGUGCAAUUCGAGGCGUAGAGGCAACGGCGGAGUGAACCCUGUCUGAUUCUUUGAUUAAAAGUUCAUCGAAUCGAGGAACUCGGGGUGUCAGAUGCAGCUGUAAGACACCGCAAAGUCCUUGCCGAU